AUGAAUUUUGAAGUUGAAGAAUUUUUUCGUAUUGAGAGGGAGUCUGUCACUCUUGCUAUAGUAAUCGUAGAAUCAUCCUAUAUAAAAGGAUUAAUAUUCGAAGUGGAUCUUGUUGAAAUGCUAAAGAGCAUUGGUGCUAAAGUUAUCCAUAAAGGGAGAUCGGGUAAUGGUGGCAUUGAUAUUAUAUGUGAAAUUGCCAUGACACGAUUUAUUAUCCAAUGUAAAAAUUGGGUCAGACUCAAUAUAGGUCGCCCGGUUGUAGAUGAGUUGCUUGGUGUGCUCACUCGAACUAAGCAACCAAAAGGAACUAUUAGUAUAAUAGUGGGUCCCUCUAUGGAUAGCUUUACUCCUGGUGCAAUAGAUGCGGCACUAGAGAUAGCAGAACCACCGGAACCAUCAGAACUAUUGGAUCCAUUAGAACAACUACCUACAUAUCCCAUCAUUGUGACAGAUGUAGACCGAUUGCCCAAAUAUUUGAUCAAUGCAGUUCUUGAUAGGUUACAUAACGAACCUUAUACCUUCUCCCUCCUACCAUGA